GUCAUCACCGAGCGCCAUCAGGGAGCGUGUCAGAGGCCGGACCACGUGUACUGUGUUGACUGUCAAAGUCUCCCGGAGCCCAAUUUCCGGAAGCGGUGAGUUCUGAAAGAAGUUCCUGCACCGUAGUUCCCCAAGUCUGCGAAUCCCCAACCAUGAGCGCCUCAGGCGUACUGUCCUUUACCCAGCAAGGAUGGGAGCAGGUGCUGGCCAAAGUGAAACGGGCUGUGGUUUACCUGGACGCCGCCUGCGCCGAGAGCCUGCACUGGGGCUGCGGAUCCACCCGUCUCCUGGAGGCGGUGGGGGGUCCUGACUGUCACCUGCGAGAGUUCGAGCCCGACGCAGUUGGUGGUGGAGCCAAGCAGCCCAAGGCGGUGUUUGUGCUGAGCUGCCUGCUGAAAGGCCGGACCGUGGAGAUCCUACGGGACAUCAUCUGCCGCAGUCACUUCCAGUACUGUGUGGUGGUCACAACCGUGAGCCACGCUGUCCACCUCACAGCUAAUCAUGUCCCAGCGGCGGCAGCGGCCGAGAUGGAGGGGCAGCAGCCGGUGUUCGAGCAGCUGGAGGAGAAGCUGUGUGAAUGGAUGGGCAACAUGAACUACACGGCCGAAGUGUUCCAUGCCCCGUUGUUGCUUGCCCCUGUUGCUCCCCACUUUGCCUUGACUCCAGCCUUUGCAUCCCUUUUCCCACUGCUACCCCAGGAUGUGCACCUCCUUAAUAGCGCCCGACCAGACAAGAGGAAGCUGGGAAGCCUGGGUGAUGUGGACGCCACUGCCCUAACCCCAGAGCUGCUGCUGCAGAUCAGAUGCCUAGUGUCAGGCCUCAGUUCUCUGUGUGAACAUUUAGGAGUACGGGAGGAAUGUUUUGCUGUAGGUUCCUUAAGUCGGGUCAUCGCUGCGGAUCUGGCCAAUUAUGCCCCUGCAAAGAACAGGAAGAGGACUGCUGCAGGCAGGGCAUCAGUGGUUUUUGUGGACAGAACCCUGGAUCUCACAGGAGCAGUUGGACAUCAUGGAGACAACUUAGUAGAGAAGAUCAUUUCAGCACUUCCGCAGCUCCCAGGCCACACAAACGAUGUGAUGGUUAACAUGAUAGAGCUCACUGCACUCCAAACUGAGGAAGAAAAUUAUAAUGUGGUUGCACCAGGCUGUCUUUCACAAUCCAAUGACACCACAGCCAAAGCCCUGUGGGAAGCUUUGCUGAACACUAAGCACAAAGAGGCAGUGAUGGAAGUUCGGAGACAUCUAGUGGAAGCGGCAAGCAGAGAAAACCUGCCAAUCAAGAUGAGUAUGGGGAGAGUCACACCAGGACAGCUCGUGUCCUAUAUUCAGCUCUUCAAGAACAACCUCAAAGCUCUAACGAAUCACUGUGGCCUCCUCCAGCUUGGGCUGGCCACAGCUCAAACGUUGAAACACCCACAGACUGCCAAGUGGGACAACUUUCUGGCUUUUGAAAGGCUCCUUCUUCAGAGCAUUGGGGAGUCAGCAAUGUCCACUGUGUUAAAUCAGCUGUUGCCCAUGAUUAAGCCUGUAACCCAGAGAACCAAUGAGGACUACAGCCCUGAGGAACUGCUGAUCCUUCUCGUAUAUAUUUAUUCUGUCACUGGAGAGCUCACAGUAGACAAAGACCUGUGUGAAGCAGAAGAAAAAGUCAAGAAAGCAUUGGCUCAGGUCUUCUGUGAGGAAUCUGAAUUGUCACCUUUGCUGCAGAAAAUUACGGCUGAACCAUCCUUGCAUCCCUGGGAUAAAUCCCAUUUGAUCAUGAUGUGUUGUGGGAAGUCAGGGACCUGGAACGGAGGGACCAGCUGGAGCCACAGCAGAGGAAUAUAAAUUGUGAAGAUUUCAUAUUAAUAUGGACAUUUAUCAGUUCCCAAAUAAUACUUUUAUAAUUUCUUAUGCCUGUCUUUAAUCUCUUAAUCCUGUUAUCUUCGUAAGCUGAGGAUGUACCUCACCUCAGGACUACUGUGAUAAUUGUAUUAAGUGUACAGAUUGAUUGUAAAACAUGUGUGAACAGUAUGAAAUCAGUGCACCUUGAAAAAGAACAGAAUAACAGCGAUUUUUAUGGAACGAGGGAAGACAACCAUAAGAUCUGAUUGCCUGUGGGGUCGGGCAAAAGGAGCCAUAUUUUUCUUCUUGCAGAGAGCCUAUAAACAGACAUGCAAGUAGGAAAGAUAUCGCUAAAUUCUUUUCGUAGCAAGGAAUAUUAAUAUUUAUGCCCUGGGAAAGGAAUGCAUUCCUCGGGGGAGAUCUAUAAACGACCACUCUGGGAAUGUUUGUCUUGUGCAGUUGAGAUAAGGACUGAGAUAUGCCCUGGUCUCCCGCAGAACCCUCAGGCUUACUAGGGUGGGGAAAAACUCUACCCUGGUAAAUUUGUUGUCAGACCUGUUCUCUGCUCUUGAAUCCUGUUUUCUGUUGUUUAAGAUGUUUGUCAAGACAAUACGUGCACCUCUGAACAUAGACCCUUAUCAGUGGUUCUGCUUUUGCCCUUUGCCCUGUGAUCUUUGUUGGAUCCUUAUCAGUGGUUCUGCUUUUGCCCUUUGUCCUGUUCCCUGAGAAGCAUGUGAUCUUUGUUAGAUCCUUAUUAGUGGUUCUGCUUUUUGCUCUUUGAAGCAUGUGAUCUUUGUACCUACUCUCUGUUCUUACACCCCCUCCCGUUUUGAAACCCUUAAUAAAAACUUGCUGGUCUGAGACUCAGGCGGGCAUCACAGUCCUACUGAUAUGUGAUGUCACCCCCGGUGGCCCAGCUGUAAAAUUCCUCUCUUUGUACUGUCUCUCUUUAUUUCUCAGCUGGCUGACACUUAUGGAAAAUAGAAAGAACCUAUGUUGAAAUAUUGGGGGUGGGUUCCCCCAAUAAUGAUGAAUGAUCUUUUUAAUAUAUUGUUGAAUUUCGUUUGCUAGUAUCUUGUUGAAGAUUUUUGCAUCAGUAUUCAUCAGAGAUACCUGUAGUUUUCCUUUUUUCAUGUAUUUGUCUGGUUUUGGUAUCAGGGUAAUAGUGGCCUCACAGAAUAAGGUUGGAGGUAUCCCCUCCUUCUUUUUUAAAAAAAACAGUUUGGGUAUGACUGGUAUUAGUUUUCCUUUAAAUGUUUGUCCUCCAAUUUUUAAUAAGAUGUUUCUCAUUUCCAUAUGAGACCUCAUCAGAAUGGCCCUUACCAUCCAUGUUUCUACCAAGAUUCUGUUUAUAAUUAUUAUGAAGAAGAUUGAGGCUUUCUCUACAGUUCUUCUUUCUUUCUGUGACCUCACCAGAGCUGCUUUUGAAAUAUUGUUCAAAGCAAUAUACCUUUUUUCUAGCAUGCACCUCAAAACUUUUCCAGCCUUCACCCAUCACCCAGUUUCAAGGCUGUUCCCACAUUUUUAGGUAUUUGUUAUAGUAGUACCCCACUCCCAGUACCAAAAUCUAUAUUAGUCAGGGUUCUCCAGAUAAAUAAAACCAAUAGGAUAUAUAUUAAGAAAGAGAGAGAGAGAGACAGAUAUUUGUUAUAAUGGAUUGGCUUAUGUGAUUAUAGAGGCUGAGAAAUACCAUAAUCUGUUGUCUUAAACCAGAGGCCCACGAAAGCUAGUGGUAUAAUUCUAGUUAAAACCUGAAGGCUCUAGAACCAGGAAAGUCAACAGUGUAAGUUCUAGUUUGAGUCUGAAGGCCUGAGAAUCAGGAGCACUGAUGUCUGUGGGUCAGAGAAGAUGGAUAUCUCAAAUUUGCUCUCUGCUCUCUGAGACCUGCAAAUUUGGUCCUCUUCUGCCUUUUCUUCUGUUUGCGACCUCAGUGGAUUAAAUGUUGGUCACCCCUAUGUGUGAGGGUAAAUCUUCUUUCCUCAGGCUACCAAUUCAAAUGUGAAUCUUUUCUGCAAACACCCUCACAGACAAACAUAAAAAUAAUGUUUUACUAACUCUCUGGGCAUCCCUUAGCCUAGUGUAGUUGACACAUAAAAUUAACUAGCCAUUUUCCAUAGAAGAUAACCAGUAGGCACAUGAAAAGAUGCUCAGAUUCAUUAGCCACUAGGGAAAUGCAAAUCAAAUCCAAUUAGAUACCACUUUAUAACCAUUAGCAUGGCUAUAAUAAUCAUCAUCAUCUAAAAAGGACAACAAAUACUGAUGAGGAUUUGGGAAAAUUGGAACCUUCAUACAUUGCUGAUAGGAAUAUAAAAUAGUGGAGCCAGACUGGAAAAUGGUUUGGCAGUUCCUCAGAAAGUUGAACAUAAGAGUUGCCAUAUGACCCAGCAAUUCCACUCCCAUACCUAAGAGAAAUAAGAUUCUGUUUUUAUACACAAAACCUUGUAUAUGAAUGUUCAUAGCAAUAUUAUUCAUAGUAACUCAAUAGAAACAACCCAGAUGUUCAGCAACUGACGAACGGUUUAACAAAAUGUGUUAUAUCCAUACAAUAUUCGGUUAUGAAAAUAGAUAAAGUACUGACACAUGCUACAACAUGGAUGAACCUUAAAAACAUUAUGCUACAUUAAAGAAGCCACACAUAAAAGGCCACUUAUUGUAUGAUUCCAUUUAUAUGAAAUGUCCAGAAUAGUCAAAUCUAUACAGAUUAGAAAGAAGGUUAAUAUUGCCUAGGGCUGAUAGUAGAGUGGGAAGGGUUGGAGUGGGCAGUAGAGAAGGGAGGGACAUGGGGAAUGACAACUAAUGGGCCUGGGUUUCUUUAAGGGGUGAUUUCAGUGUUCUGGAAUUAGAUAGUCAUGACACUUGUACAAUCUUGUCAAUAUAAUAUAAUCCACUGAGUUGCACACUUUAAAGUAAUACAUUUUAUGAUAUGUGAAUUAUGUGUCAAUUUUUAAGAAUCAACACAGAGAACCUAUAAAAAUCAAUGAACAAACUAAAAGUCAUCCUGAUAAAGCAAUGUAAUAAUUAUCCAGAGUUCUGAUUUCCCCCCUAAGUUAUUAUUAAAAGGUAAAAGUACUUAAGAAUAUGAGUAGUUCCUAGGAACAGAAAACCAAAUACCACAUGUUCUCACUUAUAAGUGGGAGCUAAAUAUUGAGCACACAUGGACAUAAAUAUGGGAAUAAUGGACAUUGUGGACUAGUAGAAAGUGGAAGGAGGUGGGUUGAAAAACUCCCUAUUGGGUAUUAUACUCACUGUCUGGGUGAUGGGAUCCAUACUCCAAACCUUAGCAUCACGCAAUAUUCCCAUGCAACAAACUUGUACACGUACCCCUUGUAUCUAAAAUAAAAGUUGAAAUAAAAAAAUUUUGAAAAAGAAGAUGAGUUGUUUAUGACAGCAAAUGUUUCUCCCAGGAUAUAAAGGAUAGAUUAUACAACAAUUGCCUAGAUGUUACAAACACACACACUAAGAUAAUUGCCUGAAAUUCUGCUUCAUGUGUGCUUAAGUAUAGAUUUAAUCAUGUGUUGCAUUUACGGGGCAUUAGGAGGUGGAUAGUAGUUUGCAACAAGUAAUUGAAAUAAUGUACUGGAUAGUUCUUGAAGUCAGAAUUAUUAUAUACUUAAUGUAUUUCACCUACUUUAAGAUGUACAAUUUUUUUCCAAUUUUAACAUCUUUGAGAUAUAUUUCACAAUUAAUGAUGUCUUAGAUUUGAUGAAAUAUGGCAGUUUUGUAUCAUGUGUGUUUGCUUUAGAUGUCUUUCUACAGUGGUUAGCCAUGUAUAAUUAAUUUUACUAUUCCCUAAACAGCUAUUUAUAUUAAAACAUCAUUUCCAGUGCACCCCCAGUGCUAUGUUUAUUUUGAGGUUUUGAAACCUGGUUGUUGACAUAUCUCCUAAUUGCAUGAAAAAUAGUUCUUGGGGGUUAAAUGAAGAUUUCCCACAACCCCUCCCUGUUUGCUGUGUUAUGAGUAUAAGAAUAAUUGCCUUUCUUUACUUCUCUUUGGGCCAGAGAGAGAGAAAGGUCUAUCAAGGUGUUCUCCCUGCUUAUCAAACCCUUCUGUCACCCUGGGUCAUUUUAAGGAGUAAGUGGAACCUGUAAAUAAUCAGGCAUUUUAAAAGUCCUAUUUCUAUAUAUGUUAGUUUCACUUCAAACUUUUAGCAUAAAGUCUUCAAUGUUUAUAUUACAGGACAUAAUUUAAUAGUUUUUUAUUGCUAUGACCCAUUCUAAUUAUACCAAAAUAUCGUAUAAAACAACAAAGUUAAAGUUUUGCCCAAGUUAUCUCUUCUAAUGCCUUUUAAGCCAGAAAGUCUUAGAUUCCUGAGUGGAGAUUGGAAACAUAUUAUUAAACUAUAACUUACAAAAUGUUCAUUUUACCCCUAAACACAGAGCGAUCCUGGUAAUUACAAAUGGUGAUAUUUUGUAAAAAUCUAAACGUGAGAUGAGAACUCAUCAUUCUGAGACUAAGAAGCAAUUGUUAAGGGGAGUAGAGGCAGAGGGUAGUGUUUGGUUGUUAGAACACUUGGUUCUGUAUGUUGCUAUCCUUUUACAAAGGCAAUGCUUCACUGGAAUUACCUUUAAACAAAUAUAUGAAUCCUUACCAUCUGUCUAUAUGUGUUACACAACAGGAAUACGUAACUAUUCCCAUAGUGAAGAAAGGAAUUUCUUCAUGUAUAUAUUAAAAUGUAUAUUUAUGCACAUAAAUCUUAUAUAUGUUUUCUAUAUCACACAGAUAUGUAUCUGUAUAUGCCAUAUAGUCAUCAAACAUCCCCUGUGGUCUUAGCUCAAUGAUGAUUUAUAAUGGAGAGAGUGACUUUCUCAUGCUUUUGGUUGAGGACUUGCAAUUGGUUAGUAUAUUCAGGUUAUAAAGCACAAUGUAAGGGGAAUGUAAGUAUUUAUCAAGAGUCUGAUCACUGUGCCAGGAACCAUAUAAUGGUAAUUAUUGGGUGCUUUGAGCACUGUUACUUUUUAGUUUGGACAGCCACAAGAAGUCAAUAAACUCAGUGCUAUAUCUACCUAGUUCCCUCUGCCUACACAUUGUAGCCAGUAAUAGCACACGUAGAGUAAUUGCAGAAUAUUCUAUGAAAAAAAAAUGUGGAUCCAAGAGAAUGCUAUAUUCUUCUUUGAUUUACACCUCAUUCUGUUUCAUCUUAACUCCAUGUGAUGAUUAAUGCUAUGUGUCAACUUGACUGGGCUAAGGGAUGCCCAGAGAGCUGGUAAAGCAUUUUUUCUGCGUUUGUCUGUGAAGUUGUUUGCAGAAGGAAUUAGCAUUUGAAUUGGUAGACUGUGUAAUCACCCUCACCAAUGGGAGUGGGCACUGUCUUUCAAGGGCCUGAAUAGAACAGAAUAGCUGUCUGCUUGAGCUGGGACAUCCAUCUUCUGCCCCCCAGACAUCAGUGCUCCUGGUUCUUGGGCUUUCAGACUCAGAUUGGUACUUACACCAUUAGCCCUGCUCACCAUUGUCUCCCCUCCCCUUCCAACCUCAAUUCUCAGGCCUUCAGACUCAAACCGAAGACAGCACCGGCUUUCCUGGUUCUCCAGUUUGUAGAGGGAAGAUCAUGGGACCUGUCAACCCCUAUAGUUAUAUGAGCCACUUCCUAUAAUAGAUCUCCUCUUGGUUCUUGUACAAACCGGAGGUAAUCUAAACCUUUUGGUUUAGAUUUUUACAAAAUAUCACCAUUUGUGAUUACCAGGAUCACUCUGUGUUUAGGGGUAAAAUGAACAUUUUGUAUAGACUAUUGGUUUUGUUCCUCUGGGAACCCUGACUAAUACGCUGAGUAAGUGCAAGUAAAAGAACAAGACAUAACCAUUUAAUAGAUUUUUUUUAUCAUAUUAGUAAAUACAGCAUUGUGGAUAAGACCGUGGAUAUUGGAAUCAGAUCACAUGGGUUCAUUUCUAAUUCUGUGGUUUACUAGCUGUGUGACUGGGCAAGUUAUUUAACCUCUCUAUACCUUAGGGUUCUUACCUGGAAUGUGUGGCUAGCAACAGCACCUGCCUUAUUAGCAUUAUAAGUGAAAUUAUAUAUUUGAACCACUUAGAACAUUACCAGCACAUAGAGUCAGUGCCCGAGGAAAUGCCUCUUGAUUUGUUAUAGAAGGUAAGACUUCUAAUUCAGCCCCUAUUGUUUAGAAAGGCACACACAUUGCACACUUUUUAAAUUAUGGAUUGUGUCUUUGUCAAAGUGAAAUCUUUAAAAUUGAACUUUGCCACAAAUUGUUUAUUAAUUAAUUAUGACUGUGCUCUUAACAUUUUUAGAACUAAAAUGGAUUUCUUGCCUAUGAAUGCUUUAGUAAUUUGAAUAUUUGCUCCAACAAAUGGAGAUUAAAGUCAAUUUGGUAGAGUAGAAAGAAUGUGAGCUUGGGAGAUAUGGACUGGGUUUUUAAAUUUUAUCCCAUUGUCUGCUACUUUCUGAUCCCAGGCAAGUACUUCACUUCCCUGAGCCUCAGUUCCUUGUCUAUAAAGUAAGAUUAAUAAGGCAAUUGAUCUGUUGUAGUAUAAGGCAAAUGAUGGUGCUAAAAAAUUGCUCCUGUAAUUUAACCAAUAACUAGUUCCUGUUGACCAUGCCAGAGGAUUUCGAAAAAUCAACAAAGUCUUAUGAUGGUUGCAGUGGUCUUGAUUUUACAGUGCUCCAAAAUAUGCUGGAGCUUCACAUUAAUCAUACUACACCAAGCUCUCACGUAGAAUUUUGGCCUAAAGAGAAAAACUUGACAGUUUAUCACCAAGAAAAGUGCUAUGUAUUUUAGACAUAAAAUUCAGUAAACUAAUAGCAACAGCUUAUGUGAUCUACUGCAAGUUACUGAAUUGUUCUGUGACUCAUUCUUGAUAUAGGAGGGUUGGACAAGAUGACCUAAUAAAUGUUCAUUUAUUAUUAUUAGAGAUAAUAAUAAUAUUAUUAUUUCUGUGGCUCACGCCUGUAACCCUAGCACUUUGAGGGGCCAAGACGGGUGGGUCACCUGAGGGCGGGAGUUCAAGACCAGCCUGGCUGACAUGGUGAAACCCCAUCUCUACUAAAAAUACAAAAAUUAUCUGGGCGCGGUGGCACACACCUUUAAUCCCAGCUACUUGGGAGGCUGAGACAGGAGAAUUGUUUGAACCCAGGGGGUGGAGGUUGCAGUGAGCCAAGAUCGUGCCUCUGCACUCCAGCCUGGACAACAGAGUGAGACUCUGUCUCAAAAAAUAAAUGUUCAUGAGUCCAGGAAAGAUAGAAUAAGCUUUUAAUACAGUAAAGACGAUUGAGCAUUUGUCAAACUAGGGUAUAAAUAUUACUGGAAUUUCCCAUGAUUUUUCCAGAAAACUUGUGUAUAUGCAAAAAUGAGAAGUAAAAAUUAGAUCUUAAAACUGAAAUAUGACCCAUAAAACACAAGCACUUAAAGGAAUUCUAUUAAUAAAGUUUUGAAUGCACUGAUCAAAUGGAGAACUUCUAUUUUUCUGUUGUUAUUUUUCUUGUCACACUGUGAGAUCUUAAAAUUAAAUGUGAUCACACUUAGGCUGAUAACCUACAUGUGUAUCCCCCAAAGCUAGAUUUUCUCCAGAGAACAAGGAGUGUUCUUCCUUAUAGGAAGAAAAUACAAUGCAAGUUCUAUGAUGAUACCAUUGGGUGCUUAAAGGAUAUACGAGAUAUACAUCUUAUAACUGAACUGUAUUCCUAGACCUUUACUUGGCAUACUUUGAGUGAGCAAUAUAUAAAAUGACCUCUGGCACGUUUAAAUUAGGGCAAUUACCAGCAUAUUUUCUCCAAGUUCUACUCUGCUGUUGAAUGAAGAAAUAAUUUGUUCUCAAAGAAGAGGGAAGGGGAAGCAGCCCAUGUUGGAUAAAUGCAAGUGUGGCUGGCAGCCUACUCUGAGCCAGUGUAGAGAAAGGCUGCUGGGGAGCUCCUGCUCAUCACCAUUUAAAGGUUCAUUAAAUUUGAUGGAGAAUUAUAUUUCAGUGCUCAGACCUGGCAGGUCCUGUUUUCCUCGCAGCUUUUAAAAUUACUUCUUUUGCCACUGAUUGGUCCGUCCACCUCAUUUUCCUCUUAAUAUUUCACCAACACCUCUGCUCCUGACAGUUACGAGGACACAAGGCCAACUAGAUAUCAGCGAGUUUGCUCAGCCCCGGAGUGGCUUGGGAAUGAGUCUGACAAGAGCCAGGGAGCAGAGGCUUUUCAUAAAUAAUGGUGUGCUCUUGUCAGGGGUUCUGGGCCUCGCAGGAUGGUAACAUGUUUCCAUAGCAGAUGGGUCCGCUCUUGCCUGCCAUUCUGUCUUUUGAACUUCCUGUUCAAGGGUAUGGUUUUCAUCAACCUUGAUGCUGUAGAGAACACCUACUUUAUAAAAUUGGAUUUUUUUUAGGCAAAAGAAAAUAACUGAAUGUUUUUGUAUAUAAAAGGUUUCUUUAGAAAAGACCAAAAGGGGAUGGAAUAACCAGCCCAGAUGUCCAAGUGAAAAGUUGUAACUGUGAUAGAAAUGUUUUCUUGUAAUAUAUGAAAAUUAGGACUGAGGAGAACAAUCCUUUUUAGGCUCAAAUUUCAUUAAAUGUCAUUAAGAAAUUGUACCUUUUGCUAUAAAACUACUUUUUGGGGGCAAAUAAUCCCUACACAUAUACAGGUACACUUUCUUUUAUUGAGCUUCACUUUAUUGCACUGUGCACAUAUUGCAUUUUUUUGUAUGGUUUUGUUUUUACAAAUUAAAGAUUUCUGGCAACCCUGUGUCUAGCAAGUCUAUCGGCACCAUUUUUCCGACGGCAUAUGCUCACUUCAUGUCUGUGUCACGUUUUGGUAACUCUCACAAUAUUUCAAACUUAGUCAUUAUUUUUAUAUCUGUCAUUGUGAUCUGUGAUCAGUGAUCUUUUUUGUUACUAUUAUAAUUGUUUGGGGGCACCAUGAACUACCCCCAUGUAAGACAGCAAAUUUAAUCAAUAAAUGUGUGUGUUCUGACUCCUCCACCAAUUGGCUGUUCCUGUAUCUCUCUCCCUCUCCUUGGACUUUCCUCUUCCAUGGGACACAAUAAUAUUGAAACUAACCUGAUUAACAGCCUUACAGUGGCCUCUAAGUGUUCAAGUGAAAAGAUGACAUGUCCCUUACUUUAAGUCAAAAGAUAGAAGUGAUGAUUAAGCUUAGUGAAGAACACAUGUCAAAAACUGAGAUAGGCUGAAAGCUAGGCCUCUUGCACCAAAUAGUUAGCCAAGUUGUGAAUGCAAAAGAAAGGUUCUUGAAGGAAGUUGAAAGUGCUCCUCCAAGCGCCUCUGCCUGGCCGCCCCGUCCGGGAAGAAGUGAGGAGCGCCUCUGCCCGGCCGCCCCGUCUGGGAGGUGAGGAGCGCCUCUGCCCGGCCACCCAUCGUCUGGGAGGUGAGGAGCGCCUCUGCCCGGCCACCCAUCGUCUGGGAGGUGAGGAGCGCCUCUGCCCGGCCACCCAUCGUCUGGAAAGUGAGGAGCGCCUCUGCCCGGCUGCCCCAUCUGGGAAGUGAGGAGUGCCUCUGCCCGGCCACCCAUCGUCUGGGAGGUGGGGAGUGCCUCUGCCCGGCCACCUAUUGUCUGGGAAGUGGGGAGCGCCUCUGCCCGACCACCCAUCGUCUGGGAAGUGAGGAGCGCCUCUGCCCGGCCACCUAUCGUCUGGGAAGAAGUGAGGAGCGUCUCUGCCUGGCCACCCCAUCUGGGAAGUGAGGAGCCCCUCUGCCCGGCCGCCCCGUGUCUGGGUAGAAGUGAGGAGCUCCUCUGCCUGGCCGCUCCGUCUGGGAGGUCUACCACGGAGGCCAGAAGCAAUGUGAGGGCUGGACGUGGUGGCUCACGCCUGUGGUCCCGGCACUCUGGGGGGCGAGGCGGGUUGAUCACUUCGGGCUAGGAGUUCGAGACCAGUCUGGCCAACUUGGCGAAACAUGAAGAAUACAACAGACAAACCAACCAACCAACUCAGUGACAACAAAACAGGUCUAUCCUGGAGUCAUACUCUAAUUUUUUCUAUUUUCCUCCCUUUCUGAUCCUUUAUCCCACUUUCUUUUUCUUCCUCUUCCUUCUCCCUCUCCUUUGUCAAAUAGAGGAUUGAGUUAUUAUCACUGAUCCAUAUAAAGUCCCUCUCUCAUUUAUUUUAACUCCCACCCCCAUUUCUAUUCCCCGACUUCCCAUGUGCAACCUUCCUAAUAUGUUUGAUACGCAUCUUUUUGUCUGUAUGUAUUUUUAGAAAAUGUUUAUUGUUUUUGUAUGCAAAAAAAAAAAAAAAAAAAAAAAAAAAAAAAAAAAAAAGAAA